AUGGCUUUACUUGGGCUGUUGGUGCUCGUGUUGGCGCUCGCAUCGAGGGGGGCGGUCGCGGGAUCGGCGGCAGAAUCUUGUUCCCAGGUGUCGAGCAACGCCUGCAUUCAUAAUGCGCAGCGCAGCAUGGGUGUGGUGGCCGUCGAAGAUGCUGGUGCCUGUUGCCAGCUGUGUUUGAACACCAGCGGCUGUCGUGCUUACACGGCCUGGCAGCAACCCAACGGCACCAUGUCUUGCAACCGCUUCACGACCUCCGAUCCCACCAAGAUCGCGAGCGGCAAUUGCACCUCCGGGCUGGGCAAAAAAGUGCCCAACUUCAUCUUCGUCUUCCCAGACACGCUGCGUGCAGAAAGCUUUGGCGCGUAUGGCAAUCCUUUCCCCAAUGUCUCGCCCAACUUGGACAAGUUUGCUGAAGAGGGCGUCCGCUUUAACCAAGCCCAUGUCAUGCACACCCAGUGUUCCCCCUCGCGAUGCACCAUGGUGACGGGCCGAUACAUGCACCUGCAGGGCCAUCGUACGCAAACCCAUCUCGUUCAAGACUACGAAGCCAACUACUUUCGCAUCUUGAAAGAACACGGCUAUCAUGUGCAGUACUUUGGCAAGAACGACAUGUUCUCUGCCAUGGCUUUCAACCUGUCCGUGUCCGCGUGGGCGGGUAACAUUGGCUAUGCGUCGGGAUCAAACCCCUUCCCUUUUGGAGAGACAGGUUAUUACUCCUUUUUGCGCACCGGCGCCGGGGCCGUCAAUGCCUCAGACCUCUCCAACGGCGACACGCUUGGCGUGCACAACGCCAUCAACUUUCUGAACAGCAAACCACCGGAGCCGUUUCUGCUGUUUUUGCCCAGUCGCGGUGCCCAUCCACCCUAUGGCGCACCCGCACCUUUCCACAAUCUUUUCACAGCUGACAAGGUCAAGGAAAAGAUCAAGCUGCGCCCGCGCAACAUUGCCUCCAAGCCCACGUACAUGCAAAACAGCAAUGGCAUCCCUCACUUUCGAAACCUGACAUAUCUGAACGACGACUUUUUCUACCAAAUCCAAGCAAAUUAUCUCAACAUGAUUGCCUACACGGACUGGCUGUUUGGCAACUUGCUGGAGGGCCUUGAUCAAUCUGGCCUACGCAACAACACGGCCAUAUUCUUUAGCAGUGACCACGGCGAUUUCGGCGGAGACUUUGGUCUGGUGGAGAAAUGGCCCGGAAGCAUGUCGGAUGUGCUCACACGCGUACCACUUUUGGCUCAGGUCCCAGGUGGGGCCAAGAAUCACGUCGUGGAGGCGCCCGUGCAAACGGCCGACAUCCUCGAGACCAUGCUGGCCCUGGCCGAAAUCGAUGUAGACUUUGUGCGCUUUGGGCAGAAUCUCGCUCCACAGCUCGCCGGCAGCGAGGGCCAACUCAAUCGCACUGUGUACUCUGAGGGUGGGUUUUACUUUUCCAACGAACAGAUGAUUGAGGCCAACGAGUGUCUGAGUGGGGGCCCAAAAGCGGAUUACUAUCCCCGGGGUCUUGAAGAAGCCCAACCCAACGGCUCCCCCCGCGCCGUCAUGCUACGCAACCUUACCGCCAAGCUUGUGUAUCGCCCCACGGGCAUCUCUGAGCUCUACAACCUGACGGCCGAUCCAUUGGAGCUGAGCAAUGUGUUUGAGGAUGCCGCUCAUGCAUCGCUGCGAGCCGCAAUGAUGCAACAGCUGACGGACUGGAUGGUGCUGACCUCGGAUGUGACACCCGUGGUGACUGACAGCCGUGGCGCCCCCGGCUAUCCAUACCCCAUUGCUGCUGAAUGUGCAGUUGAGCCGCUGCCCGACGAAGCUGUGACUGCGAUUGAUCCUCUGGAUUAUCUGGCCAUCAAUGGUGUGCGGGAAUAA